AGCGCUGUUUGGGCUUAAGGGUUUCGGCGACACCUGCGCCAUGAUGUUUGGCAGACUCGCGCUGCUUGCCGGGCUUUCUUUGGCGGCGGGUGAGGUGUGCGCAAAUUGUGAGCAGGUGAGUCUGCUCCAGUCGAAGACCGACCAGAAGACACAGAGGUCUCACAGUAUCGUUGUCAAGGGACCUGAUCCCUCUGGCGGUACCGCAUCUCAAAGUCUUGCUCCUACAUGUGCGGAGGGCUUCAAUGCGGCGUACCUGAAAUGCCUGGGAGGCGCGAACAACUACUUGAUGCUCUUGGUCACAAAUGACGAUGAUACCAAGGCCUACUGUGCCUACACGGGUGGUUGGGCUCAGACCCCCGAGAACUACCCGGAUCACAGCGCGUGCUUUGCGAGUCCUGGUGAGAGCGAGGCCUUAUUCUUUGACAGCGCGAGCCAAACCUUGCUGAACUGGGACAAGGAGACAAUCGUGUCGGGACCUCUGAAGCAGGACUACACCAGUUUAUCUUGCACUGGACAGGGUGAUGCACCUUGCAAAUCCACGGUGGAGAAUAAAUAUGCCCGGCAGCUGACAAAAGAAGGUGGCAAGCCGUGGAAAGACGUCCCUGCUGGUGGCGAAUAUUCCUUCAGCUGGGACCCUUCGGAUGGCUACAUCGGAGUCACCACAAAGACUCCCCAGACGAUAUACUCCAUGUACAUCAAGAACAAUUUGGGCUCCAGCAGCAGCAGCGGCCUCUCCGCGGACGUGCCAUGCUCCAAAGAUAGCUCAGUGGAGUGGCAGGCCAAGAAUUUCCCUGUGAAAGGUUUGGACGGCGGUUGUCAGAAGGACAACGAUGAUUAUUGGAUGGCAUUCGGCAGCGGUGAGAUCACUAUUUGUUUCCCUGGUGUCGCCUGUUAACGGUUAUAUAAGCGAUGUGUGGACUUCUGGAGCCAGACGUGCUCUUGUAGUAUAGCAAUCUCAAGUUGGUCUUGGUUUCAAUGUACUAUGCGGAAUGCUAGCUAAUUAACGAUGGACUAAAUUGUCUAAAAUGAG